AUGAAGACCUUUUCCCUUUCAACUGCCAUUGUGCUGACCACAUUAGCGACCAACAUCGAUGCCCACGGCUACAUCUCAAGACCCAAAGCGUCGUACAAGCCCAACACCGUGUACACGACGUACAACGGCCUCACCAGUGCCAGCGUGAACAAGGGAUUCGCCGGCGGCGUCUACAACCACGAGCCAGUGAACAAUGCGAAGCAAUUCUCGCAGCACUGGAAGGCAACGGGAUACAAGUCUCUUCGCGAUAUGAUUGACCCCAUUUCUCCCGGAUACGGCUACGCACUAGACACGGCGGACCCCGUUGAUGUGAGCAGCUACAAGGAGAUGUGGUGGCAGAACGACGAGUAUAAGGAGGGCUUCCUGGCGUCACAUCACGGCCCGUGUGAAGGCUGGAUUGACAACAAGAUGGUAUUCCACUACGAUGACUGCGUUGCUGAGUUCCCGUCGUACCCAGCCAAAAUCCCCACGGAUUACUCGUUCUGCAAGGGUGACAAGUGUUUGUUUGUCUUCUACUGGCUAGCGCUCCACACGCCACAAUGGCAAAUUUACAAGCAAUGUGUUCCUAUUUCCAACGGUGGGUCUGGUGAAGUUGGGGGCGAGGCUUCAACAGCGGACCAAACAACCCCUGAAGAUGCCCCUGCUGCGCCCGAAGCGACACCCACCGCUCUGACGACGGAUUUUACGAAGGUUGACGCCACCCCAGCUCCAGUAGCUACUCCUUCUACCGCCACAAGUACUGAAGCAUCGGGAACUGGAACUGGUUCGUGCAAACGUCGCAUGCGGAGCUAA